AACAACAGCAGUGAGGCAAGAGAUUCAAGGACAUCUGUAACCUCAGAUAAACAGACUGGUACAAGGAAAAGAGAAAAGGUAGUGUGCUGCGUCCCCGGUGCUCGGUGUGAGCCCUGCAGCUCUCUAUUGGCCGUUUUCAUUCCAAGGUCACCAAGAUGUUGGACUUGUAACGUCUUCACAUUGUUGCCACCUCCAGCUUUUUGCUGCUAAACGUUCCAAAGAAAUGCUUUCUCCCCCCAGCACCCCAGAGAGGCUCGGCUUGUGAAGGCGGACCGGAUUCCAAGUCACAAAACUUUGGGAAGUAAGGAGAGAGCAGAGCCAUGAGGAUCCUUCUAUAUCUGGGCACCCUGGUGAUCCUGCACCCCGGCUCCGCGUGCCGUCACCAUGGAAGUGUAUUUAUCUGCCAGGGGAGAGACGUGGAGCAGGUUCCGCGGGACAUCCCGAAAAACGCCACCGAACUAAGAAUCGUCUACACAAAAAUUACAGUUAUUCCAAAUGGUGUCUUCUCUGGAUUUGAAGAACUUACAAAUAUAGAGAUAUCUGAAAAUUAUGACUUGAAAUCAAUAGAGGCCAACGUAUUCUCAAACAACCCGCAACUGCAGGAAAUAAGAAUUGAAAAAGCAAACAGCCUUGAACAUAUUGACCAAAAUGCUUUCUGGAACCUUCCGAUGCUGAAAUAUCUGUUUAUAUACAACACCGGAAUACAUAUCAUCCCCGCCGUUUCCAGGAUACAGUCUCUCGAAAUAGUAUUUCUGGAUAUUCAAGACAAUAUCAAUAUAAAGAAGAUUCAAAGAAAUGCCUUUUCGGGGCUGAGUAAUGAAAGUGUCCGAUUAUGGCUUGUGCAGAACGAUAUAGAAGAAAUAGAGAACCAUGCUUUCAAUGGAACAAAUGUACAUGAAUUACUCCUCAGUGGCAAUCAGAAGCUAACAACGUUACCCGAUCUUGUUUUCCAUGGAGCCAGCGGACCAGAAGUGCUGGAUAUUUCAAAAACUCAGAUCAACUCACUGCCCAAGCACGGCCUGGAGCAUAUAAAGAAACUUAUUGCUAACCAUGCUUAUAACUUGAAGAAGCUCCCUCCUUUGGAAAGGCUGUCUAGUCUUAUUGAGGCCAACCUUACGUAUCCAAGCCACUGCUGUGCUUUUAAGAACUGGAAGAAACAGAAAAGUAGCACGGAUGUGCAUCCUUUGUGCAAUAGAAGCAGUUACAUUCUGAAUGGAGAUUCAAAGCCUACCAACAAAAGAUCAGGACAGAUGGAUUACUACACGAGCAGUGACCCAAGCUUCGAGCAAGAUGACUUUGACUACUAUUUCUGUUUUGAUGUGCAGAAUGUCAAGUGUUUCCCGAAACCGGAUGAAUUCAACCCAUGCGAAGACAUCAUGGGCUAUGACUUUCUCCGUAUCCUCAUGUGGUGUAUCAGCAUCCUGGCCAUAAGUGGGAAUGCAGUGGUGCUCAUAAUAUUGAUAACCAGCAAGUCUAAAUUCAGCGUCCCCAAGUUUCUAAUGUGCAAUCUGGCCUUUGCAGACUUUUGCAUGGGCAUCUACCUCCUCCUGAUUGCCUCUGUGGACAUCAAAACAAAAAGCCAAUAUUAUAACUAUGCUAUCGAGUGGCAGACAGGAGCGGGUUGUCAUGCAGCAGGAUUUUUUACUGUGUUUGCCAGCGAACUUUCGGUCUACACACUGACAGCCAUCACCCUUGAGCGGUGGCAUACCAUAACCUAUGCGAUGCAGCUCCAACGUAAAGUCAGAUUACGCCAUGCUAUCGUCAUUAUGAUUUCCGGUUGGAUCUUCGCGAUUGUAGUGGCCCUGCUGCCCAUCGUUGGCAUAAGCAGUUACAUGAAAGUUAGCAUUUGUUUGCCCAUGGACAUUGAAUCUUUACCUUCACAGGCUUAUAUCAUUUUUCUCCUAGUGCUUAAUGUUUUUGCUUUUGUGGCUAUCUGUAUUUGCUAUGCACAUAUAUAUAUCACUGUACGCAAUCCCGAUAUUGUCUCCUCCCACAGCGACACCAAAACGGCCAUAAGAAUGGCGGUUCUGAUUUUCACCAAUUUUCUGUGCACUGCGCCCAUUUCAUUCUUUGCCAUCUCUGCCUCCCUGAAGGUUCCCUUAAUAACAGUGUCCAAUUCCAAGAUCCUGUUAGUUUUGUUUUAUCCCAUUAAUUCCUGCGCCAAUCCGUUUCUCUACGCCUUUUUCACAAAGGCUUUUCGAAAGGACUUUUACAUUCUGAUGAGCAAACUUGGCUGCUGCAAAUCACAAGCUCUCAUUAUGAGGACGGAGACCUCGUCGUCAAUUCUCAAUUCACGGAAUGGGCAUUACACUCCCGGGCAAAAAAACAGCUCGGGCUCAGUGUACACGUUGGUCACAUUAAAUCACCAAAACUGAAACAGAAUUGGGUUUGCUUUUUUGACACGUCUAAGGGCACUAAGUAAACUAGGGCAGCUAUGUUGGCAAAAAGUUGAAUCUGAUUGGCUGCUAUAGCUUACUGUGCUUUGUCCAAGCUUCUACGUAUUUUUCGACGUAUUUUUGUAAAAAAAAAAAA